UUUCGUUCGUUAAUGGCGAUGGAAACAGAGUGAUGUAGCUCCAAAUUCCCUCUCCUCGCUUCCCACUUUCCAACUAACCUCCCCUCCUCGUCUUCUCCGCCCGCUUCUUAUAUCUGAUUUUUCCCCCGCUUCACCUCCAUUUCUCUCUCUCUCUCUCUCUCUCUUUCCGACAAUGGCGUCUUCCCUCCUCUCUCCUCCCUCCUCCUCCUCCUCCGCCGCCGCCGCCGCCGCCGCCAUCUCCUUCUCCUCCUCCCUCUCCUCCGCCCCUCUCCCCCGCCGCCCCUCCUCCGCCCUCCCCCGCCGCCGGGGCGGCCGGAGGUCCCUGUCCGUGCAGUCCAAGAUCCGCGAGAUCUUCAUGCCCGCCCUCAGCUCCACCAUGACGGAGGGCAAGAUCGUGUCGUGGGUCAAGUCCGAGGGCGACGUCCUCUCCAAGGGCGAGAGCGUCGUGGUCGUCGAGUCCGACAAGGCCGACAUGGACGUCGAGACCUUCUACGACGGCAUCCUCGCCGCCAUCGUCGUCCCCGAGGGCGACAGCGCCCCCGUCGGCGCCCCCAUCGGCCUCCUCGCCGAGACCGAGGACGAGGUCGCCGAGGCCAAGGCCAAGGCCGCCGCCAAGUCGGGCUCUCCCUCGUCUCCUCCUUCCACCGCCCCGGCGGCGGCCGAGUCCCCCGCCGUCACCUCGAAUCCUGCUCCGGCGAUUGCUCAGCCUCCGCCGCCGCGGCCGGCUGCUCCGGUGGAUGGGCCGAGGAAGAUUGUGGCGACUCCCUCCGCGAAGAAGCUCGCCAAGCAGCACAAGGUGGACAUUAACAAGGUGACAGGUACCGGUCCGUACGGGAGGAUCACGCCGGCAGACGUGGAAGCGGCUGCUGGAAUCCAGCCGUCCAAGCCGGCCUUUACAGUUACUGCUGCUCCAGCGGGUGCAGCAGAGCCAGCUCCAGCUGCUGCUGCUGCUGCUGCUCCACCAAAAUCUGCUGCCCCUGCUCCGCCUCCACUUCCAGGAUCUACGGUGGUGCCAUUCACCACAAUGCAGGUCGCGGUGUCGAAGAACAUGGUGGAGAGUCUCUCGGUACCGACUUUUAGAGUCGGAUACCCAGUGACAACUGAUGCGCUCGAUGCUUUCUACGAGAAGGUGAAACCAAAGGGCGUGACCAUGACCGCUAUAUUGGCAAAGGCUGCCGCAAUGGCACUUGUUCAGCAUCCAGUUGUGAAUGCCAGUUGCAAAGACGGGAAGAACUUUACUUACAAUAGCAACAUUAAUAUUGCUGUUGCAGUGGCCAUUAACGGUGGGUUGAUCACACCUGUGCUUCAGGAUGCAGAUAAGUUGGAUCUAUACUUGCUGUCUCAAAAAUGGAAAGAGCUGGUGGAGAAAGCCCGCUCAAAGCAACUUCAGCCACAUGAAUAUAACUCAGGCACAUUUACUCUUUCCAACCUGGGCAUGUUUGGAGUGGACAGAUUUGAUGCAAUUCUUCCUCCAGGCCAGGGGGCCAUCAUGGCUGUAGGAGCAUCAAAGCCAACUGUUGUAGCUGAUGCUGAUGGAUUCUUCAGUGUCAAAAGUAAAAUGCUGGUGAAUGUUACAGCAGAUCACAGGAUCAUCUACGGUGCUGACUUGGCCACCUUCCUCCAGACCUUCUCAAAGAUUGUUGAGAAUCCCGAAAGCCUUACAUUGUAAUGAGGUUUGUAUCAGUCGGAACUGGAUCGUCCAAGCCAUAUUCUUUGGAUGCAGCUCUUGCUUGCGCUGUCACUUUUUGUCUUGUAUUUUCAAUUUUUUUUCUCUAAUUUGUGAGGAACUCAUACUGAACUUUGUAGAUUUUGAAAGAGGGUAAUAAACUUCGCUUAAGUUAUGAA